AUCAAACUUUAUGAAAGUUGUUAAAAGGUGGGAGGAAGGGUGUGACCAGUGGAGUUAGUUUUUCAUGUGCGGCUCCAGUGCCGUUUUUCAGUUUUUCCUCAGCAAAGGCGCCAAGAGGAGGCCGUCCAAAAUUUGUCUCCCUCUCUCCGCGCACGUGUCUUGUGUGAUUCCCUCUCAGUCUAUGUCUAACGCAUGAGGCAACCGGUCAGUCUAUGCCUCUACGCGAAGCUAGUUACAUGACGGCUUGAAGAGUCCCCUCUUUCUGUCUCUCUUGUGUGGUGUGCGGUUUUAAUUGGAUACCCAUAUUAUUUCUGAGGUAGACACGAAACAUGGCCGACCUAAGGUCGAUAGAAAUUUUAGUUUUUGGUGCUACGGGUUACACUGGCCAGUAUGUUGUGAAUGAAUUGGCGAAGCUUGCUAAAGAGUAUGGUAGCCUCACGUGGGGCAUUGCAGGCCGUAACAAAGACAAGCUCCAAGGAGUUUUGAGGAAAACCUCAGAAAAAACUGGUGAGGACUGGUCCAAUGUACCACUUGUAAUAGCCGAUGUCAAGGAUCCAGAAAGUUUAAAAGCAAUGACAUCACGCACUAAAGUCUUGGUGAAUUGUUGUGGUCCAUACAGAUUCCUUGGUGAAGCUGUGGUAAAAGCUUGUAUUGAAAGUGGCACUCAUCAUUUAGAUAUCAGCACUGAGCCUCAGUAUAUGGAAUUAAUGCAGCUGAAAUAUAAUAAAGCAGCGGAAGAAAAAGGAGUAUAUGUAAUCAGUGCAUGUGGAUUUGCUUCCAUACCCACUGACUUGGGGACAGUCUACUUGCAGAAAAAUUUUGAAGGUGGAAUGAAUUCAGCUGAAAUUUUUUUGAGGAUUGGGACAAUACCCUCAGAAAAGAAGAUUAAAAGAGGCGCUUUAGCUCAUUUUGGUACUUGGGAAAGUGUAGUUUAUUGGUUUGCGCAUUGGUAUGAACUAUGGCGGAUCAGGUCAAAGCUCAAUAAACAAAAACUGCCAGCUUUGCGACCGAAAUUAAUUCAGUGGCCCUUUAUCCUGAACAACGAAAUAGUGAGAGGACCAUGGUGUUUAACUUUUUGGUCUGUGGACAAAUCGGUCAUCGAGCGUUCGCAAAGGCACUUCUUUGAAAAGAGUGAGCAGAGACCAGCUCAAAUCAAUACGUAUUUUGUUGUCAGUAAUUUCCUCAUCGUCAUUGGCCUUUUCAUUCUCGGUUUAGUGUUCCUAUUGAUGUCCCAGUGCUGUCUGGGCAGAAAACUUCUUCUGAAGUAUCCGAAGGUAUUUACAUGCGGUUUUGUCAGCCAUGAAGGUCCAACAGAAGAAGCAGAGGAACACACUUCAGCUACUUUCACUUUUCGAGGCAAAGGAUGGUCUGAAAAAGAUAUGGCUAGUUCCUGUCCCCCAGACAAGACUGUCAUUACCAAUGUCGCUUUCAAGAGCCCUGGUUAUGGUUUUACUGCUCUGUCUCUUAUUUUAUGCUCUAUCAUGACCCUCAAGGAAUCAGGAAAUAUGCCAGGAAGGGGUGGUGUUUUACCUCCAGCUGCAGCUUUCAGGAAAACAUCCCUUAUUGAGCAGUUAAUGCAGCAUGAUGUGAAGUUUGAAGUCACCUCCAGUGAAGUGGUCCCAGUCAAAAGAUCUUGCUGCCUCUCGGUGUGUGUUUAAUGCUGUGCUAUCAGACUGUAAAAAUCCAUCAAAAAAGAAUUACUUACAAACUUUUUUAAAGAAAAGUAGUAGACUGUCAUAAUAAUAUUUUCUAAAACAAUGUUUCUUCGGCCAUGUUUUCCUGGAUGUUUUAUUCAUUUUUUCUACCCUUUUCAAAAACGUUACAUAUGUAUGCUGGCAACUGUAAUUGAAAAUGCAGAUUUUUAUCUCAUGGAAGUCAUCAAGACUUAAAAAAAGUGUAUGUAAUACAUGUUUGUUCUCUGUAGUGUGCUACUCAUGAGCUCUCCUAAACCCAUGAGUUUUUCCCUCAGUCUCUGCAAUUCCUGUUUUAUCUAGUCGUAUUUUAUUUCUAACUUAAAUUAUUAUUUUUCUACAAUGAAUCUACUUUUUGACGUCCUUUGACUUUUGUAGUUUUGAAUGCUGUAUUUACUCCAAUGACUUAUGUAUACUGUCUAAGCAUUUAUAAAAAUCAUACCAUCUCA